AUGUUGAUGUCCUCGGAAAUUAAAAUAUGCCGUCAAAAACGAUGCAAGUACGCGCCGCGAAAGCCGAUAACAAAACGAAAAAAGAAGCACUCAUUUCUUACACUGCCAUUGUAAUUUAUUGCUUCUUUUACAUAUAAUAUUUGGAUUACAUAAAAUUUCUGGCUUAUGGUAAUCUUAUAUAGCUAUAUUACUACAACAAUAUAUAUUAUAAUAUAUGUGCAUGGUAUAUGCAUGCAAUUUUUGUACUACGCUGAACUUGGUAUGUACUGUGAUGGAAGUUGGUGGAUUUCGAAAUAAACUGUUUUUCCGUGAACGCCGCAGGGGUUUUGUUUAGACUCGCAAAGGCUGUGCAAAUUUUAAACCCCAACGAAUUUCCAGUUUUCCUCUUAUUUUCCAUAUUAUUUUCGUUACGUGUAGACGGAUAUUGGAGUGUAUUAUUGGAUAUUGGAGACUGAGGACAGAGUUAACAGGUAAGCUCUUAUAUGCAUUAAAAUCUAUGUAGAUAUAAUGCGCAAAGAAGCAUGAAAUUAUUUGGGCAUAAAGCUCGCUCUUUACAGGGAUAUAAUACCUCAUUGUCAACAUAGGAGUCACAGACAGGCUUUUUCCAAAUUAUGAGUCCGUGAUACGAAAAAGGUCACAAUUCAUUUUGCAAAAAUGUUAUCUUGUGCCUUACAGAAGUGAUGUUCAGAAAUCCUUUGCUACAGCCGGGUACCCAAAAUUGGCCAAGGAGAAUUUUUUUUUUCGUUAUUCCUUUGCAAGUACUGCAUGAAAAAAUAUAAAAAUUUACUGUACAAAUUUUACUCUCUUCUAGGCGCAAAAAUCUAUAGACCUUUCGCCAGCUUUAGCCAAUUUUUUACGAUAGAUCCAUCUCUUUCUAUGUAUAAUUUUUAGACCCAAUCAUGGCAUUCGACGCGAUGGACAAGACAAACUUUGUGGUUUGCGGUAAAUUGCAUCUGAAACCCGCAGCCCGAAUCGUUUCUCUCUGCUUAUUAUGUUUCGUAUUCGUCGAUAUUGUCUUCUCCUUUGGUCGUAAUACCGCAGCCAUGUUCUACUCCUGGAUGACUGCCUGCUUUUCCAUCGGAAUUUACGGAGCGCUUGUUUAUGCAGUGUUUAAGGAGAAGAGAAUGUUUAUGUUGCCUUAUUUGAUCUUCCAGGUAAAGCUUGGCAUUUAAAAGAGUUAAUGCAAAUUUUAGACAGUAUUCAUUGGAUUCCUGACACUUUUAUUGCUCGUAUUUACUAUUGGAGCAAUGUUUUCGAAUGAGCUGAUGAGGAAGUUGAGCCGGGAUAUAGGAGCAAUCGAUGAAGCGGCAGGCCAAGAGGAACAGGCAAAAGGUGAGAAAAAUAUAUAGUAAAUUAACUGUGAAGGUCACCUAAUUUAUAGUCGUGUUCGAUUAGCGGGUCUGCUCUACACAAGGCAUGUAUCCGUACUUUAAAAAUAUUGCUUUUGCUUUGUAAGUGCGGUCAAGAUUAACGGCUUUUUUAGAGGCCAAAAUAGAGGCCAUAGGAAAACUUUUUGCCCAUAUCAUUGCUGAUUUUUGAUAUCAAGCUUCUUCGUUGCAAAAAAAUUGCCUUUUCAUCAAAAACUACGUUCUAAUUUAAAAAAAAUACACCCCAAAAAAGAUGCUGUUCCACCUAGCUUUGCCAAGUUUUGAGCAAAACACAUUUGGCCCAUUUUACUUUUAAUUUACCCAGUAUCUGAGCCCCUAACCUUAAUCUUUCAGAAUACCGAGCAUUUGUCAUCUUCUUUUUUGUUUUCCUCACCUUAUUCCUGUCAUGCCAAGCCUACUUCCUCAGCAUCAUUUAUCGGUUCUUCAUCUUCCUCCGAGAGCGGGAAACGAGCUUCAACUUCAACGUGGAUAAUGACUUCCAGCUUUCGGAGUGA